AAAAUCAAGUAGGUUCUUUUCUGCGAAAACUGCAGAGAAAACCAUGCGCAGUACCUUCUCUGCAAGUAGUGCCUACGCCAUCCCCAAGCUCCCUCCGGUUCCAAUAUCUGCGGUUUCGUCCAAUUCCUUCGUCUUCUUCAACCUCCCUUCUUCGUCUACCAUUAUCCGCAGCUUCGGUCUCAGUUCCAGUGCUUCCCAAUUCUUCUGCCGGAACUACCAAACCUUCAACCCUAAUCCUUCUCUCUUCUUCCGCUCAAAGCCUCCACGAACUUGUUCUCCAAUAAGGGCUGCAGGGAAGGACUACUAUUCCACUCUCAAUGUCGGUAGGAAUGCCACGUUGCAAGAGAUUAAGAGCUCUUAUCGGAAGCUUGCUCGUAAGUACCAUCCAGAUAUGAACAAAGGUGCUGGAGCGGAGGAGAAAUUCAAAGAGAUAAGUGCUGCAUAUGAGGUCCUAUCUGAUGAUGAGAAAAGAUCUUUAUAUGAUCGCUUUGGUGAGGCAGGUUUGCAAGGAGAACAUGGUGGGUCAGGCAGUGGUUCAAUGGGGGUGGAUCCUUUUGAAGUUUUUGAUACGUUCUUUGGAGGGUCAGAUGGUUUUUUUGGAGGAAGAAGUGAUUCCGGAGGCAUCAAUUUUAAUUUCAGCAACAAGAAAAACCGAAGUCUUGAUAUUCGGUAUGACCUGUAUUUGAGCUUUGAAGAGUCUAUAUUUGGAGGGCAGCGAGAAAUUGAAAUUUCUUGUUCUGAGAUGUGUGAUAAUUGUGAUGGAACGGGGGCUAAAUCUAGUAGCUGUCUAAAAUCAUGUAGCAGCUGCGGAGGAAGAGGAGGAGUAAUGAAAACUCAGAAAACACCAUUUGGAAUGAUGUCACAGGUGUCUACCUGCACAAAGUGUGGUGGAGAUGGCAAGAUAAUCACUGAUUAUUGUCGAAGAUGUGGAGGCGAUGGUCUGGUACAGUCAAAGCGAAACAUGAAUGUGUUUAUACCAGCUGGUGUUAGUAAUGGAUCUACAAUGCAACUACAGGGGGAGGGGAAUUUUGAUAAUAAAAGGGGUAUAGCUGGUAAUCUUUAUAUAGUGCUCCAUAUAGAAGAAAAGCAUGGAAUCAGGAGGGAUGGUCUCAAUCUGUAUUCAACAAUAAAUGUGGAUUAUACUGAGGCCAUAUUAGGGACUGUUAGAAAGGUAGAAACAGUUGAAGGAUUGAGAGAUCUUCAAAUUCCUUCUGGCAUUCAGCCUGGAGAAACACUAAAGUUGUCACGAAUGGGAGUUCCAGACAUCAACAAAGCAUCAAUUCGAGGAGAUCAUCACUUUAUUGUGAAUGUUCAAAUCCCAAAGAAAAUCAGUGAUGCAGAGCGUGCACUUGUGGAGGAAUUGUCCAAGGCUUCUAGGAAAGGCUAUUCAGUUUCUUCAGACAGCACUGGGAGCUUCAACAAUCACAAAAAUAAAGACCAAGGCAAUUUUCAGUCAAGCUGGGGGACCAAAGGUGUUGCAUCUUUAUGGAACUCAAUUAAAGGCUUCCUGGGACAGAAGCAAUCUCGUGAAGGUUUUGCAGUAGUUAGUUUUGACACAUCAACAACAUUGUGGAGAUUAAGAAAGCAGGAUCCGUCACUUAUGGUCUCCAUAUUUACAGUUUUCAUUAUAACAUGUAUUUGUACCUUGAUAGGAAAGACUAAUUACCCCAAAGUAUUACGACGAAGAAAUGGUUCUUCUCUUCGAACAAUAAAGGAACAAUAAAUUCGGUUUUGCUCA